UGAUCCCAUUCUCAAUUUCAAAUCUAUCCAUAUAUGCUCACAUACUUACCAUCUUCCAUCUCUGUUUAUUGGAAUCGGAAAUGUUGAAGUCCAUGAGCGCGCCUGCCGCCGGCGAGGAGAAGCGGGUGAGGAAGAUCGCUCAGGCGAGCUCGAGGAAGGGCUGCAUGCGCGGGAAGGGCGGCCCCGAGAACGCUGCCUGCACUUACAAGGGCGUGCGGCAGCGCACUUGGGGCAAGUGGGUGGCCGAGAUACGGGAGCCCAACCGCGGCUCCCGUGUCUGGCUCGGCACGUUCGACACCUCCUACGACGCGGCCGUGGCGUACGACGCCGCGGCCAGGAAGCUCUACGGCCCCGAUGCCAAGCUCAACUUGCCUCACUUGUACGAGGACAAUAAGCCCCAGCUUCCGCCGCAACAGCAGUUUGCUGCUGCGGCAGAAGCCAGCUCUGCCACUCCAGAGUGGCAGAGCAUGGACGGGGGCGGAUGCGGCAGCGGCGGCGGCGGAGGGUAUGUGAGUAGGUGUGAGAUAUUGAAGGAUAUGGAAGUGAGUUUGCCGGAGGUGGAUGACUCGUAUUUGUGGGCGGAGGCGGCGAAGGGGACGGCGUUCAGGAUAGUGGAGGAGGAAGGGGCGUUCGCAUCCAAUUUGGAUGGAAACGGCGUGCCAUUUCCGUGGUUUCCUAAUUCGAUUUGAACGAGUGAGUGGAAUACAACUGCGCAUCGGCUGAUGACGCAUAUACAUAUUAGUGAGUGUUAGUAAUGUUUAAUUUAAUGUGAAUAUAGAUUUGUCCAUAUAUAGAUAUAGAUAUAUACGGCGGUAGUAGGACGGGGUCGUCGAUGCGCCGCUGCCAGCCAGGAGGAAUAUUGCUUGCUCUGUAGUGUGGUGUGUGAUGUGGCGCGACAUCCGCCCAUUUCGCCUUCUUCAGCUGGAUAUUUAUAUACAAUUAUGAUAUUAGAAUCGAUCCUACAUUAGAUUUCACCUUUUUACUGUUUCUGUUUCUGAAAUUAUAUGAUAUAAGGUGGUCCAGAAACUUAUUUGAUCCUA